AUGGCUCUCAUGCGCCGCUCCACCCUCAUUGCCCUUGUGGCCUUCUGCGCCAUAUUCGCUCUCUUCCAUGUCUCCCACCUCUCUGUGCGAGAACCGCCGAGUCCCAUACCUCUGCGCACUUACGCCGACCGCGACCUCCAAAGACCGAUCCGCUGGAAGGACGUCCCCGAGAUAUACCCCGUCCCGACUUACACCUCGCUGCCGGCAGCCAGGCCAACAACCAUUCCCACGAUCCAAUUCGCUCAAACCGUAGAAGAGUCGGCGGAGCGCAGAGCCGAGAGGGAACAGCGACUGCAGGCAGUCAAGGACAGCUUCGUGCGUUCGUGGGAAGGCUACAAGAAGCAUGCAUGGCUCCAGGAUGAGAUCACCCCGCUGUCCGGCGGCUACAAGAAUACCUUUGGCGGAUGGGGCGCUUCGCUGGUCGACACGCUGGACACCCUCUGGAUCAUGGGCCUGCAUGAAGAAUUCGAAAUGGCUGUGAAUGCCCUGCACAAGGUCGAUUUCACCACUUCGGACCUCAACUCGCUCAAUGUCUUUGAGACCACCAUCCGCUACCUCGGCGGGCUCAUGUCCGCCUACGAUCUCAGCGGAAGCCAGUACUCGAUUCUGCUGUCCAAAGCUACCGAGCUCGGUGAGAUGCUUUACCGCGCCUUCGACACUCCGAACCGAAUGCCCGUCAGCCGCUGGGAUUGGAGGGUGAAGGGCAUCAGCCAGGCGCAACAGUCUGCAUCCAGCUCCGCCGUGUCCGCCGAGGUCGGCUCCCUGAGCCUUGAGUUCACCAGGCUCUCCCAGCUCACUGGGGAUCCCAAGUUCUUCGAUGCCAUCCAGCGCAUCACCGACGAGUUCGAGCAGCAGCAGAAUGAGACCAAAGUUCCCGGCUUGUGGCCGGUUGCCGUCAACCCGAGGAAGAAGGUCUUUGCCGACGACCGUACAUUCACGUUUGGCGGAAUGUCCGACUCUCUGUACGAGUACUUCCCCAAGCAGUGGAUGCUCCUGGGAGGUGUCAUGGACCAGUACCGCUACAUGUACGAAACCGCCAUCGACGCGGCCAAGAAGUACAUGUUUUACCGGGUGCUCAACGAGGACAACCUUGAUCUCCUCUUGUCCGGAACCGUCAGGUCCACGGCCAGCGGCAAGAUCACGCUUGACACCGAGGGGCAGCACCUGGCCUGCUUCACGGGCGGCAUGGUCGGUAUCGCUGCCAAGAUCUUCAACCGCCCCGACGAACUCCACACGGCCCGCCAGCUCACGGACGGCUGCAUCUGGGCUUAUGAGAGCACACGCACUGGCAUCAUGCCUGAGAUUCUCCACGCCGUGGCCUGCACCGAAGAAGAUGACGAGUGCUUGUGGGACGAAGGCCGGUGGUACGAUGCCGUUGCCGAGCACAACAGCAAGACCGGGCGCGACGUGGGCAGGAGAUAUGCCGAACGCUACAACAUCCCGCCCGGCAUGACCAAGCUCGACGACAGACGAUACCUCCUGCGGCCGGAGGCCAUCGAGAGCGUCUUCAUCAUGUACAGGAUCACGGGAGACGAGCACUUCCAGGACAAGGCGUGGAACAUGUUCCAGGCCGUUGAGAAGCACACGCGCACCGAGAUGGGCAAUGCCGCCAUCAACGAUGUGGGAGCGCCGGACAACGUCAAGAUGGUGGACAGCUGCGAGAGUUUCUGGAUGGCCGAGACCCUGAAGUACUAUUAUUUGACCUUCAGCGACCCGGCGCUAAUCAGCCUUGACGAGUGGGUAUUCAACACGGAGGCGCACCCAUUGCGGCGCCCUAGGUAA